AUGGUAGUUGACGAUGAUGAGAAAAAGGAUAUGUGCCCGAUCUGUAAGACAGAUCGGUAUUUAUCGCCAGACAUGAAGUUUCUGGUUAACCCAGAAUGCUAUCAUAAGAUCUGUGAGUCAUGCGUAGACCGUAUUUUCAGUUUGGGUCCAGCACAAUGUCCGUACGAGGGCUGCGACAAGAUCUUGAGAAAGAACAAAUUCAAGACGCAGAUUUUCGAUGACGUGAAUGUCGAGAAAGAAGUGGACAUUCGCAAGAGGGUGUUCAAUGUGUUCAAUAAGACGCUUGACGACUUUGACGGAGAUAUACAGGCCCACAACAGGUAUUUGGAGGAGGUUGAGGACAUAGUGUACAACCUGGAUAACGGCAUUGAUGUGGCCAGCACAGAAGAAAAACUGCGCACUUACGAAGAAUUAAACAAACAGCUUAUCAUGGCGAACAUGAAGCGCAGCCGACAAGACAUGGACAAUUUCGAACAAAGGCAAAAAUUCGAAAAAGAAAUGAAGCUGAAGAAACGACAGUUGGAGCGUCAAAUCGAGGAGGAAGAGCUCGCGAAUCGCGAAUGGGCCCGCAAAGAGAUCGUGAACCAACUUACGACCGCGGAGGACCCUGAAGAUGUGAUAGCGCACGUAAAGAAGACAGUGAAGCUGAAGAAAUCGUCGGCUCGUAGAAAGCUGGAGGACCUCAACAAGGUCUUGAAAAAUAAUCCUUACAUGACAGUGUCGAAUGGACUGAUGAAGAAGAAAGAGUCAGUUCCUUUCACACCUUUCAAUGGCGACAGGGAUCUACACAAACGUUACGUACUGUCACAGUCCCAGUACAAUGAUCCUUUUAUCAAGAGCCUGCAGGGCAAGAAGGAGUAUAUCGCGUCUGGCUUUCGCGCAGACUUUGUGUACGACCGCAUGUUGACAGAAGCAUUUAUGGGGCUUGGGUGCAUCAUUAGUGAAGAGUUGCAAGCUUCUAAGCUAAAUCCUGUAACUGGGUAG